AGUUGGCAGUUCAUUUGAUUGUUCUUUUGGAUAAAAAUACUGAAGUGAAGGCUCUUUGAGUUUCCUGGUGUGAGCCUUCAUCCUGGAUAUCUGAACCCUGUCAUUAGAAGGUUCCUCGUAUAUCAGGCCAUUAUUAUGUGUAAAGCUGAUGGAAGCCGCCUUUGAUCUGCUUGUUUGCUCAAGUUUCUUCAGUGAGAGACCUGGAAUGGCCAAAUAUCAGGGAGAAGUUCAGAGUUUGAAACUGGACGAUGACUCAGUCAUAGAAGGAGUAAGUGACCAAGUACUUGUGGCAGUUGUGGUCAGUUUCGCUUUGAUUGCUACCCUGGUAUAUGCACUUUUCAGAAAUGCACAUCAAAACAUUCACCCAGAAAACCAAGAACUAAUAAGGGUGCUUCGGGAACAACUUCAAACAGAGCAGGAUGCGCCUGCUGCGGCUCGCCAGCAGUUUUACACUGACAUGUACUGUCCAGUCUGUUUACAUCAAGCCUCCUUCCCUGUGGAAACAAACUGUGGACAUCUCUUUUGCGGUACCUGCAUUAUUGCAUACUGGAGAUACGGUUCUUGGCUUGGGGCAAUCAGCUGUCCAAUUUGUAGGCAAACGGUAACUUUAUUGCUACCAGUAUUUGGUGAAAAUGACCAGUCUCAGGAUGUUGUAUCAUUGCUUCAAGAUAUUAGUGAUUAUAACCGGAGAUUCUCAGGGCAGCCCAGAUCUAUUAUGGAAAGAAUUAUGGAUCUACCCACUUUACUGAGACAUGCAUUCAGGGAAAUGUUUUCAGUCGGGGGCCUUUUCUGGAUGUUCCGUAUCAGGAUAAUACUUUGUUUAAUGGGAGCUUUUUUCUAUCUUAUAUCACCUCUAGAUUUUGUACCUGAAGCCUUGUUUGGAAUUUUAGGCUUUUUAGAUGAUUUCUUUGUCAUCUUUUUGUUGCUUAUCUACAUCUCUAUUAUGUAUCGAGAAGUGAUAACACAGAGACUAAACAGGUGAAAAAAGAGUUUACUAAAAUAUGAGCUAAUGUGUAAAAUCAAACAAAAGGACUGACCCAUGGCAGUGUAAUGCAUUUGAAUAGUAUCUUACAAACUUAAAACCACUGUAUGACAAACAUUUGAUUAUCAUUUGGCAAAUAACUAGCAACGUAUGACUGGAAUUUUUACAUGUUGCAGGUUCUAAUAUUAGGGUUAGCAUUAUAAUAAUUUACAACUGUAUCUUGAUUGUGUUGUCUAUUAACUCUCUGGGAAAAAACAUGGAAUUAUAUAAAAAGGGAUGCUUUUUUUUAUAUCUUCUUCUUUUCCCCCAAAUUACUCAGAUUAAUUGGAUGUAUAGUAAGAUAUUGUUAAAUGUAUACUUUAUCCAAUUUUUCCUUCUUAGUGAGUACCUAUAUGAUAAUAUAUUGCAAUGAGAUGCAUCUAAAUAUUUUUAUUACAAUAAAAUAUUGCACAAUAUUGGGCAAAAGUCAGUGUUUCUUUUAAAACUAAGUUUUAUACAUUUGGAGCAGUUCUGCUUUUCCAUUCUAAGUCUUAGUUAUCAUGAAUGUGAACGAAAACUUGAACUUUAUAAUCAGGUUUCACAUUCUGACUUCCAGAAUACUAGAAGAAUUAACAAGAUAUAAGACAUUUAUCUCUAGUCAGCACACUUAGUUCUCAGUUAUGGCACUUACACAGGAGUUUGGUCCUUUUAUAGGAACAGUGUAUCAAAGGAACUUGUAAAGGGAUUGUUUUUUCAGGAACCUGGGUGGUACUGUAAACGCAUCAUAGUGCGAUGCAUUUCUGAGGGAAGUGGUUCUUCAUGGCUUGAGCUUUAAAGACCUUAGGUGGGUAGACCUUAAAUCUGACAAAUUACUGGGAGCUACAGUAACAGAAUGGACAAAUUUUCUCUUGACA